AUAUAUGCUCACGGACAGAACAAGAUAUGAACUUAUAAGGGUUUUUUAUUCAUAUGCUACACAUAGACGUAUUUGUCAAAUGUACAGUGGGGUGUAGAAGUCCACUUAUAAAACUGCUGUUUUGCAUUUUUGUAAUUUAAUACAUUUUUUUCAUUACAAAUUAUAUUAACACUUAAUAUAAUCAGAGUGUUUAGUAUUUCAUGUGACUUCUUUAUUUAACUCCAUAACUUUCCUUUUUAAUGAUUCAAAAUGUUCUGUUUGCUUUCAGGUUUAAAUUAGAUUUCAAAUCCCAAAUUUUCAGUGUGGACCCACUGUGCAGUUAGAUGCAAUAUCUCACAUAAAUAUUUUAUUCAACCUCCCAGACAUGCACACAAAGUAUUUUUGUGCACUUAGCAUACCUGAUUUCCCUCUCAUCUUAUUGGAGCACUACAUGACCACACCCCUUAUGUUUAAUUAAUUAGUUUUCUGCACAAAAACCCCUGCCACUCUAGAGUUCUCCCACUGUGAGCACUCCAAAAAUUGGCAUACACAAACUCACAAACACACUCAUGUGUAAAAGAGAGUGACAGAAAGAGAAACACGUGAUCAGCACUAUGCUGGCAGUAUCAGGCCCUCAGCAGGGGCCCCAGCACAUGGCCUUCCUUCACACCUCUCUGAACACAACAAUGUCUAAUACUUCAAAAUUUGCUUUAAUUUUUAAUGUUUCAUGCUGUCAUCUUCAAAACUGUUACUUUAUAUGCAGAGGUUAAUUUGUUUCCAUUGUUUCUGGCUAUGUGAGAUUGGCCUAAAACACAGAAUAGCUGUGGUUGUUGUUAAAGUCAGAAAAUUUCAUCUGCUUUAAGAACAGAUUGUAAAGCUAUAUUCCUUCCAUACUGUGCAGAGAGAGGUAGAGAGGCAGACAGACAUCACCACAGGUCCUCCAUCUGUGAUAGCUGCUCUCUGGCGCUCCUCCAAUGAUAUCCGAUAAGUGUGUUCCUGGGAGAAGUUGGCUGUGUUCUAUGUAUUUCUCUUUUAUCUGCUCUACUGAGCCAUCAUCUCUCUAGUUUUCUGAUUAAGUAAUGUUGACGUCUCAUGUCUGGCCUUCAUAAUCCUGGUUUAUGUGAAGAAUACACUAGGGCGUGUAUAUAGUCUUAUAUUGUCAGUUAGAUUGGAAUGGUCCAUGGAAUGGAAGAGGAACUGAAGAUGAAGGAAGAGCAGGAAACCAAGGUGGAGCAGGCAGGGCAGGUGGCCCUGGCGGUACAGGCUGGGCAGCAAGGACUGAAACCCCCAGGGCGGAGCAGAAGACCACCACAACAGCGUAGAUGGGAUUGAAGACCCCCACGGUAGAACAGAAGACCAUAGCAGCAGAGUAUACAAGCUUAAAGAUCCCCGUGGUGGAGCAGAAGACCACAGCAGCAGAGAAGAUGGGCUUCAAGAUCCCCGCAGUGGAGCAGAAGACCACCACAGCUGAGAUGAUGGGACUGAAGACCACCAAGGCGGAGCAGACAAAAAACAGCGUAGACCACCACGGUGAAGCAGGCAGGGCUGAAGACCACCAAGGCGUAGUUGAGGACCACCAAAGUGAACUGGGAAACACCACGGUGGAGCAUGCGGAGCCGAUGACAACCACGGCAGAGCCGAAGACCUUCAGGGCAGAUCUGGUGGAACUGAAGACCACCAUAGCUGAUCAGGAAAAACUGAAACACAGAGCACAGAGAGGUUAGGAUUGGCCUCAGAGGCCAUGUCAAAACAGGCAGGGAGCAUCCUCGCUGGUCAUAAGUGAACCAGCAUGGUGUUCCAGGUUGGCCUUUGAGGUCAUUUCUGGGAGGAGAGGUAGGUCUGUGGUUGUGUCGGUGCAGACAGGCUGUUCAAGUCGACCUCUCUGGUCGUGUCGGGGCGGACAGGCAGUUCAGGAAUGACCUCCAUGGUCGUGUCUGGGCAAACAGAAGUCCAUGGGCGACCUCCGUGGUCACGUCAAGGCAGACAUGAAACUCGGGCAUGACCUCCGUGGUCAUACUAGGACAGACAGGAAAUUUAUGGAUGACCUCCGUGGCUCCAUCUAACAGAGCUGACAAAACAUCUUAACCAUGUGGAGCCAUUUUGUUUUUUUCUCAGUUGAAGCUGCCUUAUGCUGCCUUCACAUGCUAUCGGAAAUUUCCCCGAAAUGGGAUUGCGUUAAUGUGCAAUUUUUACCUAGGAAACUUGUAUUUACGAUAAUUCCGAGAGCACGUGAAGGCAGCAUAAAUAAACAUAACAAAAAUGCCAAGAUUUAUCCCACAACUACUGACAGAAAUAAUUACACAUGGAAGACGGAGUUGACAUGUUAAAGCUGAAACCGCACAGACAUUGUUUGUUUAAAAUAUAAAAAAUAUAUAUAUAAAACUUUCAGGACUAUGUGUCCUACUGUGGCAUCCACAAUGAGCGGGAAACAGGAAAGGGGUCCUCAGAGUUAAAGAUGCCAAUGACAUUGCCUGAUUUAUUCAGGAGUUGAUGCAAAGUGGACACACUAUUUUCAAAUAUAAUUCAAUAUUUACUUUUUGUAUUGUUUGAUAUGGAUCUCUGCCCUUCAAUAUAAAUGUACAUUUUUGAAUUUGUAAAUUUUAAAACACUAUGUUUGGCAGUUUUACAUUGUGAACUCAUGCUGAGGACAGGUUAAAUUGCAUUUAUUUUCCAAGUAUAGACCAUUUAUUUAAAAUAAUACUAAAGAAAUUGAAAAAUAUGAGCAAUUAAUGCCCUGGGUAUACAGAUUUCUUCAUUUUUAACAUAAAGAGGGAUUUUCUGUGUAGGACAUGUUUUGUCCCUUAUCUCCAGAAUCAGUGAAGAGUAAAAUAUGUUGAAGUCUGUCAAACCUUGUGCUGUCAAACCUCAGCUGUGUCACACCUACUGCAGAUCCUUCUAAUGAAUCCUGAUGUUAGAAACAAGCAGUUUGAAAACCUUGGUUUAAAACCUUUUUAAUCAUUUACCCUGAUAAUUUCAGAGUAAGUUGUUUUAUAAAUCUGUCACAAUGGAAAGCAGCUUUGCAAAGAGUCUGUUGAGGAACAUAGCAGAUAAAAACUAUUGUAUGUUGGGUUGACAGCCUGUAAAUUAUGUUGUCUUCAAGUGCAAGUGGGAAACUUGUACAUACAGGUCAGUCAUUCAUGAAACAAAAGAAUUAGCCUAUAUUGUGAACUAUAAACCCAAAUAACUGUAUCUGAAUUCAAGAUAAUGAAAAUUAUGGUAACAUUCUACUGACUAUAAGUAACUUUGCAACUACAUGCCAAGUUAUUUUACUAACCUUGAGGGGGUUGGUUCAAAAUGGUCCUGAAAUUUUUCUUCAGGAUUACUAGAAACUUACAUGCUGGUGUGUUGGAGAUCAAUAGGAGUUUGACCCUUCAGGAGCAGGAUUUUUAACAUAUAGAAAACAUUACACACUUCAACUUUAAAAUUCCAUUGUUGGAGUCAUCUACUGCAUUAUUUUUGUUUAUUAUCUUGCAAUGUGGAUAAUCACAAACAGCCAUAAAUCAGCAAAUUUAAAAAGGGACAUUUUUUAUUAUUUUUACUAUGUAAUUUUGUAAAUGUUUAUCAUUAUACUUUGGUUUAUGGUUAGAUUUUAAGAAAAAGUAAAACUAUUUAAAUAGCAUGAAGUUCUCAUCAUGAAAAGAUGUGAUAUGUGUAACUGAGGCAGAAACAACUGGCGCAUCAAAGUGACGGCCCAGAUGGUGUGUACACACCCAUCCACCCUGGCUUGCGCAUGAAACAGUGUGAAUUGCCUACUGAUGAGACCACCAAUGACUGGAGGAGAGGGUGGGCUGGACCGCUUUAAAUGUCAUGUCUGUGUUGCUACUUUUCAUGAUUGUUCGUGCUUUUUUUUUGUUGGUGUGAUCAUAUGCAAGUGGAAAGAUACAGCAUUUGAAAAUAGUUGUUUGAAUGAAUAUCAUGUAACAUUAUUCUUUUUUUUUUUUCUUUUUUUUUAGGGAAAGCGGGUAUGAAGGGAACGGAGGCUUUGUCACAUCACAGGGAUGUUCCAGAAACUUCCAGCCACUGUCUGCCCUGCCAGGAAGGCUGUGAUUUCUGCAAGGACAACACGCCCUGCGUGGCCCGGGGUGACGGCGCCCUGCGUAUGGCGGUCCUUUCUUUCCAGGGCUUGUGCAUGCUGGUGGAUUUCAUCAGUAUGGUGCUGCUCUACCAUUUCCGCAGGAACAAGAGUAUCAGAGCGUCAGGACUCAUCCUGCUAGAGGCCAUCAUGUUUGGAGCGCUCCUCCUGUACUUUCCGGUGGUGAUUCUGUACUUCCAGCCGAGUGUUUUCCGCUGUAUCCUGCUGCGAUGGGUUCGUCUGCUCGGGUUUGCCACGGUCUAUGGAACGGUCACCCUCAAACUCUACAGGGUUCUCAAGGUGUUCCUGUCACGUACAGCCCAACGGAUCCCCUACAUGACCAGCUGGAGAGUGUUACGUCUACUGUGCAUCAUCCUGCUGAUUGUUUUAUGGUUCGCAAUAGCCUGGACCGCCGCUGUUUGUCAGAAUCCAAACAGACAUCUCGCUCUCAUCAGUGUGGGCUUUACCACUGAUGGGCUACAGUUCAGCAUGUGUCUGCUGGACCGCUGGGACUACAUGAUUGCUGUGGCUGAGUUCCUGUUCCUUCUGUGGGGUGUGUAUCUAUGUUUUGCUGUGAGGACCGUCCCCUCAGCGUUUCAUGAGCCACGCUACAUGGCCAUCGCAGUGCACAAUGAGCUCAUCCUCUCUGCCAUAUUCCACAUUUUAAGGUUCACUCUAGCCCCUGAGCUUCACCCGGAUUGGAUGCUGAUGCUAUUCUUUGCUCAUACACACUUGACAGUGACUGUCACUUUGGGGUUGCUGCUUGUGCCAAAGUUCUUAUUUGCGGGUACACAACUAAGGGAUGACAUUGCUACAGAGGCCUAUGAAGAUGAAUUGGACAUGGGGCGGUCUGGGUCAUACCUGAAUAGCAGCAUCACAUCUGCUUGGAGUGAGCACAGUCUGGAUCCAGAAGAUAUUCGGACACCAGAGGAAAUGGGCCAGCUAAGUUCUAUUAAUGGCUGUGGCGUAAGGUCUUGCGACAGUCUUUGGGAAAAACGUACCAACGAAGAGCUGAAGAAACUCUACUCCCAGCUGGAGAUUUAUAAGAGGAAAAAGAUGCUGGCCAACAAUCCUCACCUGCAGAAGAAGCGCAGCUCUAAAAAGGGCCUAGGCCGCUCUCUCAUGCGCCGCAUCACUGAGAUUCCAGAGUCGAUGGGUCGCCAGUGUAGCCGUGAGGACAAGGACCUGGGUGAACAUGGGAGUAACCGCAACAGCAUCUGUGUCCUGAGAAAGAACCCAUUUGACCCCUCACACUCUGUUAAGCCUGCCAAAGACGAAUCCUUGAAGAGCAAAGUUUUCUCCCUUAAGAAGUCCCACAGCAGUUAUGACCAUGUUCGAGACCACAGUGAGGAUUCCAGCAGUUCGGCAACUGACAAGAUGGAAGUCGCAACCACAGAAGGCUCCCUCCUUGAAACCCUAAUGGGCAAAAAGCUGGUCAAAAAGUCCUCUGAGAAGAUUGAUGCAGCCAGUGAGUCAACAGAGUCAGUUCCCUUGGUGUGCAAGUCAGCUAGUGCUCACAACCUGACAGCUGAUAAGAAGCCUAUUCACCCUAGAACAUCCAUGCUGCAGAAAUCUCUAAGCGUUAUUGCCAGUGCCAAAGAGAAAACACUUGGUCUAACAGGAAAGGCCCAAACAGCAGAGGAUCCAACAAAGAAAGCUAAUCAAAAGAACAAGGAUGCCAAGACCCCAGCUGAAGCUGAAGAAAAUGAGGGUUAUCCAAAGAUGAUUGUCAGUCAAUCAGUGGAGUACAAGCAGACAGCUGCCAAAACCGGUAUAAUGAAGCCACAGAUGAGCGGAAGCCAGCCCUCCAUUUGCUCAGAAACAGCCAAGGGGAAAGAUCUGUAUGACCUUUCAGAGGUGUGCCCUUGGGAAUUGGAAGACUUGCCGACCCCCUCCGAAAACAAGGUCCAGAAACAUGUGUCUAUUGCCCCUGAGCAGACCACCACAGUCCAUGGAAGUAGCAACAAAGCGACAAAGUCACAACAGCAAAAGCAGAAAGGCACAGAGCAGUCACCCUCUGUGACCAGACGUCCAAACCAGAAAGUUGCCGAUAGAACAGACAUAUGUCCAUGGGAGGAAGGAAAUGAGGACCAUAGUCAGGCAAUGGGGCCAAAAUCUCACUCCAAUAGUAAGCCUGCCACGUCCCAACCCCAGGCAUCCGGAGAGGUCGCCAAGGUUCCAAAAGCUGAGGUCUGUCCAUGGGACUUUGAGGAAGUGUCGAGCAAGCCAAAGGACUCCGCUUGCUCCCCUGAUCAGAGCAGACCAAAAAAGGGCACCACACCAACUGAGAUCAAAGUCAAAAUAAGCUCCUCGCCUACUGAAGCCAAGGGCAAGGGUAAUACACCUACAGAGGGCAAAGUAAAGAGUGUUCUCUCCGAGCCUACUAAAUCCACAGGCAGCUCACUGCAGCCGGCCUCUAAAGCAGAUGUGUGUCCAUGGGACACUGAGACUGUCUCCGGUCCAAUCUCUGAAAAGACCCCUUGUUCCUCUCAGGUUUCUAAGACAAAGGAGACCCAUGCUAUAAAGAAGGGAACUUCCCCUGUCAGAAUAUUAGAGAUGGAAAGAGAGAACACAAAGGGUCCAGAUGAUGACAAAAUGAAAACGAACACAAAAGACAUGUUCACCUCUGGCAAGACAAAAGAAAGACCUGUCAGCCAGUCUAAACUGGCUGAGGUUUGUCCAUGGGAUGUUGAGAGUAGUCAGGAAAUUGUCUCAAUGGAAAAACAAAAAAGCCCAAAUGUUGCAUUAGCAAAAAACAAGCAAGCAGAUGUAUGCCCUUGGGAUUUUGAAGAUGCAGCAACUAGUAAAGAAGUCAACAGGAGCACCAGUGCAUCUACUGGCAAACAGAAAAGUUCAAAUUCCAAAGGCAGAGUUACUAGUGGUGUUAAAAUGUCAGAUGUCUGUCCUUGGGACUUUGAUGACCAAGCAUCAACAAAAAAGGCAUGACAAUUUACCCAAGUGAACCAUUAGUUAGUUCUCAUUAUAUGUGCUUUUUCUUUCAUAAAUACACCAUGGAAACUUUAAUAGAAUUUUUGGUGAUUUGGAGAAGAAAAUCAACAAGUCGCACAAGCUGCCUUUCUCUUCAACCUUUUGUUUUCCCUUUGUGUUUUUUGGAAUAAAAAGGAAAAAAAAAAAUACAAAAAUGCAACAAUUCACCAGGCAUUCCAGAUUCUAAAGUAUUGGUUGAACCUUUAAAUAGAAACGGUAGUUUACAAUUAUGCAACUCUUUAUGUGCAAUGUAAACAAGAUGCCUAUACUCACCACACGUAUACUCAUUAACAUUUAAACUAUCGUAACAGCUGCAUCUGUAGCCUCUCCUUGACUGUGGCUUCCACAAAAGAUUGUACAAGUUCCUGUUACAUAGGAGGGUGUGGACCAUGCAUGAAGUGUCAUGGAGUAAGCCUGAUCCAUUUCCUUGUUUUGUUUUGUUUUGUUUCAUACAUUAUCAUUUGGUUUGAGUAAAAAUGAUUUUUUGCCAAAGAUAGAGGUAAAAUCCAAUAAAUCUAAGAACUCAAACCUCAACAGCGUAAUAGAGACACUACAUUUGUACAGUGAGCCGAAUUCAUGCGGCUGCUAGAAAAUUAGCCUGUAGCACUUUAGUAAAGAACAUAUUUAGAAAGACAGAUGUAAACUGGUCAUAAAUCCAUUCAUAUUUUACCUUGUUUGUCUUUUUGGCCUUGCUGUUUUAUGCCGUUCCGCAGUGAGAUCAUAUGUGCACAUCUGCAACUUUUUUGUUUUUGUUUUCUUGACUAGAAAGAAAGCUAGUAAAAAAAUAAAUAAAUAAAAAAUAAACAUUUCCAAUGCUUCCAAAUUUGCUGAUAUAUUAUCCUGAAUGUGCCUAUUUAAAUAGUCCUGUACCAGUCUUACAUUGUAUUGGGAGAUGUGAAACCUUUGUCAUAGCCCAUGUUACAAAUAUAAUAUUGAAACACUUGAUGAAAAUCAGCAUCUUAUUUUUGAAAAUAAAUGAAGUUUAGUUUAUAUAUUAGCAAUGUUGCAAAAUUGUAAAUGCUUUUUGAAUGGGGUAUGCUAGGGGGGGGAAAAAGUUCACUACUCAGUUCAUGGGACCAUAGAUAUCGUUUCUCUCAGCGUAGGGCACAAUCAUUACGGUUUCUGCCUCUAAUGUUUUUGUCUUUUACGAUUAGAACACGUGAUAAUAUACAAAAUGUAUCAAAUUCCAGUCUAUCUCAUAUCAAAUUCUGACCCAAGCCUCAAUUACUUUAACAUGUACCUGUUAUCUUUAACAUUUAAUGAUGAUUACGUCAGUUUACAAAUAAAAAUAUUGCUCUUACUGUAUUGAUUUUUUUUUUUUUUUUUUUUUUUGGAAAUUGUAUCGAUUUCUUAGAAGAACAUUUUGAAACAUCCCCAGAGACCACUGAUGUGAAUUCAACAAUCUAUCUAAAUUACUGUUGGAAUGUUAACAUAUCUUGUAUGCCUUCUCAGCACAUGGUCAUUGGUAAUCUGUAAUGAUGUCAAGGUAAUGGUGUCAAAACACAUAAGGCAUGAACUGCUGUACAGUAUGAUGCCUAGUAAUGAAAUAUUCAUAUAAAUGUUGACAUAUUGCAAUUGCAAACGGUUUUGACCCAAUCCUACAGUAACUAAAUGGUUUUUUAAUGUAUUGACAGAUUCUUGUGUUUUGUAUGUGCGCACUAUGAAUUAGCAAGAAUACAGAAGAAAAGGUUAUACCAUGUAUAUAAGUUAUAUGAACCAAAGAGGUAAAAAAAAAAAGAAAGAAAGAAAAAAAAGUACCUAAAUAAAUAAUUCUUGACAUUCUGUGAAAGAAUCAAAUGAUGUCACGUUCCCAUCUCUCCACAGUGGGGUAAAUUUACCAAUGAUCUCUAGGUAUCUUCCCAUGCUAUAUUUACACUUCGGAUCAUUCCUGUUCUGCAGUACAUUUAGACUUUCAGGAAUGUGCUCUGGUCAAGCUUGACGUGAUUAAUUAUCAAUAAAUCUUAUAAAUUAUAACAUGAUUAUUUACUCAUUGUAAAUAAUCAUGAACAAGACAGAAAUUAUUUUAAAGAGGUUGAACUGGACAAAAAAAUGUAAGAUUGAUAUUAUCAUACCCAUUUCAAACAGCGUAGAAUGUUUUAAAGUAAGACAAGCUGACUAAUAUCACAAAACAAUGUGUGACCUGGCUUUAGUAUUUAAAGGAACAUCAUUGCUUUUUUUCAUUUUAGAAAUGCAUAGUAUCCAGGGAUAUGAAAAAAAAAAAAAAAAAAUGAAAUCCACUAAAUGUAAAUUGUAUUGCGAUACUUUAAUAAAAGAAAACCACACUCUUAGAAAAAAAGGUUUAAUGGGUUUCUAUAUAGAACCCUAGUGUUCUUGACUCAAUUUUAACGAACUUUUAAUGCCAAAAUGGAUCUAUGGAAACUGGAAAUGGAAAAUGGUUCUAUGUAAGGGGAAAUGCAUUAAAUAAUUGCAUAAUACUUUCAUGUUUAAUGGGUUAUUUCCAUUUUUUCUAGUGAUGAAGUAUGUUUACGAGCUAUUUAAUCAUAUUAAUAUUAAUAAAAUUGAAUUGAAAUAAAAAAUGACACCCCGAUGAUAGGACCCCCUAAAUUUAUGAAACCCUUUAAUGUUUCAUAUCGAACCUUUUCUUCUAAGAGCGCAACAAUAUUAUUUCCAUCUUUAAACAUUGUGAGUUUAAUGUUUUAUACAAACUCUACUGCAGAGUAGGAAUGACCCAGGUAGUAUUUUAUUGACUAAAAAUCAGUAAUUCCCAAAUUUCUGUAAUCUACUUAUAAUUUAGAACCCGGAAUUUCUGCUGUCCUCAUCAGGAUAUGGGCUCAUGGAUUUCUAGGUACACUAAAGGGAACUUUCAGCAACCUAUAGAUCUACUGCUCCUAAACUGUCUAGUCAUCUCAUACUCUGGUAAGAACAAUACAUUCUCCAGAGUCUGUUCUUAAUGUAUGCCUAGAUGGAUGUGUAAAAUUGACCAGCUUUGUUACAUAGAGAAUGUUUCUGGGAAUGGUUGUUGUAUCGUAGUGCAUCCCUCUAGUUUACAAGUUUUACUCAUCUGCAGGUCCUCGGUUGAUUUCUAUGUAGUAUGAUGUAAGCACUCAACUCAUGACCUGUUAAUGUUAAUGGUAACCUUGCCUAUUACAUUGUCUUAGUGCAAUGUUUAGUUCAGUUUUUGGAGUUUACAGAAGUGAUUAUUUAUCUAUUUAUGAAUUGAUUUUGGUUAUUUAGCUUGUUUACUUGGGCCCCUCGCGUGUCCCACCACUGUCACGUGUUGGGGGGACACUCCUACUACUUAAUGCGGUAUUGUCUUAGCUCUAACUCUCGUUGCUUCUGCAUGAUAAUGAGAAAUUAGUAAGACUGAUGUUUCACUGCCCUUGAUAGAACUUAAAAAAGAAUCUUUGAUCUUUUUUGGACUGUUAAAAGUUGUAUAGUGAGUGAAACUGUACCCUACCCACUGUAUUAUGUGCUUGUUAUAUUAAAUGCUCUAUGACAAGCUUAUAGCAUACACAUAUGGAGAUAUUUGGUAGAUUUAUAUUGUGUAAUAUUGUGAUAGCAUGUACAUAAAAAUACCUCCUCUGCAAUAAAUAUUUCUACAAAAAGCAA